AUGGAGAUUCUCCUUUUUCUUGUGGGCUAUUUUGUCCAGUUUGCAGCAUCCUGCAUUUUGCUCUACAAGAUUUGGAAGCACAAAUCUAUCUAUGGACUGAGCAUCGACACUCAGGCAUCCUACAUGCUAGCCGUCGUGGCACGCUGCAUCUGGUCCAUGGAGACGAGAUUGGUGGAAACGAAGUUUGCAUACUUGGAGCUUUCGCUUUCCACAGCUGUGGCUGUUGCUCUUAGUUUCAUGUGCUAUCAGCUGCAGCACACCGCUCCCAAACAGUCCACGCCGUUCCUUCGAGCGUACGCGACGGCUCCUGCAUCCCUCGUCCUGGCCUUCUUCUUCCACCCCGGAGACGAAUGGCUGACGAUGCAGAUCCUGGUCUCGUAUACAAUGUUCCAGGAGGCUUUCGGGCUCUUGCCGCAGCUCUGGCUGAUGCGGAAAAUGCACGAGGUGGAGCCUUUGACGUCCCACUACGUUGGCCUCAUCGUAGUCGCACGCUUCAUCCGGAUGUGCUUCUGGGGGAAGAUGUACUUUCUAGGGGAGCACUUCUUGCAGCUCUUCUUCGCAGAUGUUCUCCACACCCUGCUUUCUGCCGACUACAUGUACUUGUGGUGCAGGAAGCUGCAGUACGGAGGCCGCCUCAUCUACAGCCAAAGUGCAGGGGUCAAGGUCUGA